AAACGUGGAGCUCCGCUUUCAUGCCGUCGAUAACCGAGGAGCACAAACACUGUAACUGGAAUCUGGAGAAGCGGACAGAUAGAUUGCACCACCACCACCACCUCCUGGUACCAUCCAACUACAGCUGUACAACUGGGACUUACUGUAGGUACCUUGCUCCCGCGGCAAUGCAAUACCCCGGUAUUGUCGACUGUACCUAGGUAUGCUGCUGUCGAUCGACUCCUGUACAUAAAGUCCGCACGGUACGGUACCCCGCGGUCUCAUUUCUAUUUCCGGUGCUUGCAUUUGGCUUGUUGGGGGAUCACGACAACAAACACCAGACGAGUACCAGGAGUAACAUUUAUCUAGCUUCACAACUGACGGAUAGUUAUCUAUAUAUCUCAGCCAGCCGCAAUCUCUGUCCGUUUCUUCUUUUUUUUUUCUUCUGUUACUCAGAAUCACUGGAAAAGAAGAUGGCACCAGCAACCGAGAUCUGCUUCCUACCCCUCCAAGAGGGGAGCUAUUCCGACGACGCCAGCAGUGGCGUCGACCCCAAGUUCAAAAAGAUGUUCGACACCAUCCUGGCUCAGGAGGGUUGUCAGCGUCUGUACUGGGGCCGACAGGUGGAACACCCGUCCAUCCUCACUUUGUUCAUCGACUGGGAUAGCGUUGAACACCACGAAAAGUUCAUUGCCUGUGGAACAUAUAAACCAUUCACCGACGAAGUUGGCGCCUUCUUGACCGGUCCACCCCGGUUCUAUCAUGUCAAUUUCGACCCUCAACCGCCAACCCGGGCGCUGGCCGAUGGCGGUCCAUUUGCAACCGAGUUCAUCACCAUCUAUUUUCCCACCGACUAUUCGGCCGACGACCAGAAGGUUUUCGAGGCCAGCUUGAAUAAGCUGGUUGAUGUUGCCCGCAAGCACUCCCCGGGCUUCAAGACCUCGGCUGGCGGUUGGGCUAUCGAGCAGCUCGAUUUGCCCGACGGUUCCUCAAAGGCAAAGGUCUUUGUCGCCCUUUUUGGCUGGGAGAGCGUCGAGGCACAUCAGAAGUUCCGAGAAACCCAGGCGUUCAAGGAUAACAUCCAUCUGUUGAGGGGCGCCAAGGAUCUCAAGGCCGUCUCGGUCUUCCAUGUACUUGCCAAGGAGGCGUCGAGGUCUUGACGGGACGUAAACUACCUUAGACUUUUACCGGUGCGCUUCGCGUGGAUAUUCUGAGGCGAGUGGUCUUCCAAGAGAUUGAAAGCUGGUGUUCAACGGAGUCAGAGGCCCGUUGGCUGAAGGGUAGCUGAUAAGUUCAUGGGACUCGGAGGUAUUGGUAGGCAGGGGUGUAUUGAGCCAAAAUGGAAACGCUGGUCCUGUCCAGCAAGUUAUGCCCGCAGGUGACAUAUUAUGUAGCCAAAUACACAAACGCAUUCCACGCUUGAGCGACGACAGCACGGUAAGCUGUCCAGGACUGCAAUACUAUAAUCAAUAUCUGGGCUGUACUGCAGCUGAGUGAGAGUUUAGUGAGUCGCGAGUGC